GUCACAGUCAAUAAUUUUUUUUAUCUCAAUUCACUUAGCAACUUCGCUCUCCUUGUAUUACCACCUAUCAACCUAUCAAAGUACCCCCUACUUGACUUCUACUGUGUCUUUGUGUGAAAGUCUUCGACUUAGGUAAUCUAGUGCUACUUUCAUCUCCGCUCCAUUAUCUGAAAUAGAACUUGUCAAAAAUCAAUUUGUAAUCCAAACGCCGAUUGACCUUUUUCUACUUAAAAUAAAUAAAGGUAAACCCAAGUAACGACCUGAAGAAUUUCCGCCGUAAAAAUAAAAUAAGAAUAAGAAUAAGAAUCGCCUUUGCCCAUAUACCAUUUUGCCCCGCGAACCAAGGCACAUAACUCACCAAAAGCGGUCGGCGUUGUUACCUCUUAAAUUCGUCGAGUUCACCGACAAGACAAUCCUUUUACCACAUUUUUCAUCUAGGCAGCGCAAAGGGCGCAUAAAGCCGCCAUCAUGUCCCCCUCAAUUGUCACGAUUGAUAACACAUCCGACUUCGACGUAUCCAGUUCAACCCCGUCCCAGAAUGGCUCUUCGGGCCCCCGAACCCUCCUACUCGCCCCUCCGUCUAUCGCCAGUCACGAAGAAAAGUUACGAGAUGUCUUAGCCGCUCACGACCGCUCAGUCACCGACUUACAAAUGCUUGACCGUCUUUCCGCCGGUCUCGUCAAUCUUCCCGACGCAACAUAUGACUUUAUCUUGGUCCUCACGGAUGCUGAUGGCACCCGUGCCGAAUCAACGCUCCUUCUCAACCGCGAUGUUUUCGCCAAGAUUGUACCAACCCUUAAAGUUGGAGGAAAGAUCCAAGCCCAAGACGGCUCUCUAGUACAGAACAGCCAAGGACCAGAUGCGCGCGAGGCCCUCCUGUCCGGUUUGGUGCCCGGUGCCGAUGGUUUCUCAAAGCCAGAUGAUGGCGCUGCCAGUGCUGUUCCUCUUAAACUAGGACUGGGCAAGAACAAGAAGAGAAGCGCUGCUGGUCCUGCUGUGAAGAAUGUUACCGUACACCAGGCCAAUGGAAAAGAUGCUAGUCUUGACAUGGUUCCUCCACCUGUCAAGUCAACCCCUGCUGGUGUUGGUUUCGUGGACCUCAGCUAUGACUUCGAUGCUCCUGAUGACGAUGACGAACUCAUUGACGAAGAUACCCUGUUGACGGAGGAAGAUCUGAACAAGCCAUUGGCUAUUCCUGCGGAAUGCGUACCUAAGGUCGGCAAACGACGGCGUGCCUGCAAGGACUGCACGUGCGGUUUGGCUCAAAAGCUCGAGGCUGAAGACGCAGCAAGAAGGAAGCAGGCGGACGAGAAACUUCAAGCUCUCAAGCUUGACUUGAACGAUCUAAAUGAAGUAGACUUCACCGUCAAGGGCAAGGUUGGAUCCUGCGGAAACUGUUCGCUAGGCGAUGCUUUCCGAUGUGACGGAUGCCCAUACAUAGGAUUGCCGGCAUUCAAGCCCGGAGAGGAAGUCCGACUGCUGAACAAUGUUGUCCAGCUAUAAUAGCAUCGUGGCUGCUACAGCCAUCUUCGGGAUAGUGCGUAGGACAUACUAUUAAGCCACAUUAGGGUACAGACUUGACGACGCAUGCUGUCCGGGCAUUUCAGGCAUGGAUAUUGGUCGCUUUAUAUGCGAAUGGAACGGUGUUCAGGGGGAAGAGGGUCUAAAAAAGAUGGUUUCUGCAAGGCAUGAUUUAUAUCACACGAGAGCAUCAUAGAUUCAUGAGGAUGAUGACUCUUUGAGUUUAUAGUUUUAUUCAUCGAUUCGUUUUUAAUUUUAA